AUCUAAUUCGUAGUCAAAAAGUAUUGAUAUUUAACCAAUAAAAGUCAAAACAAAAAAAUUUUAAGACCGGAGGACUAUAAGAAACUAAAAAAAUUAGUAGGAACUUUAAAAACUAUUUAAAAUUACAUCCACACGAGUUCUAAUAUCUCAUAUCAGUGUUAUAUUAGGUACUUUAAAUAUAUUCUAGUGCUAUAACGGUAUUUCUCCUUUAUUUCUAAUCUUUUUCUCCAACUUAAAGAAGGGCGUGUAACUAGUGUCGUCGUCCCUUAUAGUCAACAUGGUAUGUUCGUCCGACAAAACCAAAAUGAAAUAAUUUCAUUGAAGAUUUUAGCCGAGCCACUUUAAUAAUGCAAAUUACUCCGGAUUUCGGAAUAAAGGCCCACUACCAUACAUGCGUGUUUAUAUUUAGUUAUAAUGUAAAUUUAUUAAAAUUAAGUAUUUUAAAGUAUAGUUCUGUAUAAUAUUUAAUUAUUUUAAACUAGAUUUAAUUCGUAGUCAAAUAGUACCACAAUUUAUUCAAAAAAAAAUCAAAUUGUUACAAUCAUUUGCGUACCAUACCACCCUACAUACUGAAACCUCUGCUAUAUAGUACUCCGUAGUUCUCUCGAUCACACUCCCCCAAUGAAAUGAAAAUGGCGUCAAAUAGUAGUAAUAAUCAUCCUCUUCUUCUUCUCCCCAUCAUCAGUAUUAUUAUUGUGUUUUGCAUAUCAUCAUCAUCAUCAUCAUGGGAGCAUGAUGAUGAGAAGAUAAGGGCGGUGAGCCUGGGUGGGUGGCUGGUCACUGAAGGAUGGAUCAAACCUUCCCUCUUUCACUCCAUUCCCAACAACGAUCUCCUCGACGGAACCCAAGUCCGGCUGAAGUCAGUGACGGCCGGAAAGUACGUGAGUGCGGAGUCCGGCGGAGGAUCCGUGUUGGUUGCUAAUAGAACUGCCGCCUCUGCCUGGGAAACUUUCAGAUUGUGGAGGAUAAACGAGACGACCUUUUCUUUAAGGGUGUUCAACGACCAAUUUGUGGGAUUAGACGAAAUCAAUGGCGGGGCGAACGUGGUGGCCGUACAAAAUACAACUGAUGUAUUACAUACAUUUCAAAUUCUAAGGAACACCGGUGACCCACAUCGUGUUCGUAUUAGGGCAUCUACUGGACUUUUCCUACAGGCGAAGACAGCGGAGCAAGUGACGGCGGAUUACAACGGGAAAGAUGAUUGGGGUGACGACAAUCCCUCCGUUUUUAUUAUGGAAAACAAUGUCAAGUUACAAGGGGAAUUUCAACUUACUAACGGCUAUGGCCCUCUCCUUGCCCCAAAAAUCUUAGAGGAACAUUGGAGGACAUUCAUUGUAGAAGAUGACUUCAAGUUCAUAUCAAGCAAUGGAUUGAGUGCGGUAAGAAUUCCGGUAGGAUGGUGGAUUGCAAGCGGCCCAAACCCACCAAAGCCCUUUGUUGGUGGAUCCUUAAAGGCCUUAGACAAUGCCUUCUCGUGGGCCUCGAAAUAUGGGGUGAAAGUUAUAGUCGAUCUUCAUGCAGCUCCAGGAUCACAAAAUGGUUGGGAACAUAGCUCUUCAAGGGAUGGAUCUCAAGAGUGGGGAAAAACAAAGGAAAAUAUUUGUCAAACUGUAGCUGUUAUCGAUUUCUUAACUGCAAGGUAUGCCGAAAACCCAAGCCUUUAUGCGGUUGAACUCAUCAACGAGCCUCUUGCUCCGGGGGUCCGACUUGAAACCCUCACUGAAUAUUACAAAGCCGGUUACGAAGUUGUCCGGAAAUACUCUGCAACGGCCCAUGUUAUUAUGUCAAACCGGUUGGGGCCCAUGAACCCGACGGAGCUCUUCGGGGCCAUCAUGGGCUUGAAGAGAACCGUCAUCGAUGUCCAUUAUUACCAACUCUUAAGCGAUAUGUUCGACAACAUGACAGCCCAACAAACUAUAGAUUAUGUGUCCAACAACCGGUCUGUGGAUUUGGGCCUGGUCACGCCAUCAAAUAAUGGGCCUCUUAGCUUUGUAGGAGAAUGGGUCGCAGAAUGGAACGUUAAAAGUCCAACCAAAGAGGAUUACCAAAGAUACGCCCAGGCCCAAUUACAAGUCUUUGGUAAUGCUAGUUUUGGGUGGGCCUAUUGGACCCUCAAGAAUGUGAAUAACCAUUGGAGUUUGGAGUGGAUGAUCAAGAACGGAUACAUCAAGCUUUAAUGAUUUGGCUUUAUCAAGUGUAAUUCCCCCAUUUAGAUGAAUAAAUAUAUAAUUAAGAUUUUUUUUUUUGCGAUGGAUUAAUAUGAAAAUGAUGUUUUAUUUCUUAUUAAUCAAUAAAAUCUAGUUUAAAAU